ACGGUCACGCUUGUCGGCGAAGGAAUCGAAAUAGAACCAAGACGACGGUGCUUCUGGCGUACGGAACGAGGAAAGGGAACUGGGGAACAGUUUAUAGCUAGUUCGUCGUGAAUUCAUCUCCCGUGGUUAACUCGGUAACCAAUGGCAACGCACGCUGCGGUCGAUGGAGCGCAGCCGACGGAGCUCCCAGACGAGGACUUUAUGACGAAUCCUUCGCUGGCCAUGGACGCUUGCUUCACCGCUUUCGACAAGGAUGGAGAUGAUCGGUUGUCGCUGAACGAGUUCACACUGAUCUGCCGGGCACUGUUUCGGAACGAUAAGGGACACAUCUACGUGGUGCCGUCGGACCGGCUCGAACAAAUGUUCGCCGUCUUCGACAAGAACGAGGACGGCUACAUCGACCGGGAGGAGUUCCAGUUCUGCUGGAACCAGUGGAUCAAAACGAUCGUCCGUCCCAUCAGCUCGUUUCUCAUCGUCGACGUGCAGAACGAUUUCAUAAGCGGCUCGCUCAACAUCAGCAACUGUAGCGCCCAGCAGAACGGGCUGGAGGUUAUCGAGCCCAUCAACAAGCUGCUGGACACGGUGGACUUUGACGCGGUGUUUUACUCGCUCGACUGGCACCCGAGCGAUCAUGUUUCGUUCAUCGACAACAUCAAACAGCGACCGAUCCAUCCGACCAGUCCGCUGAAUGCGGACAAUGCACAGGUUUACGAUACGGUCAUCUUUGCCGGCCCACCACCGAUGAAGCAGCGCCUGUGGCCCCGACACUGCGUCCAGGACUCGUGGGGGUCGGAGCUGCACAAGGACCUGAAGGUGGUCGAGCAUGGCGUGAAGGUGUACAAAGGCACCAACCCGGAGGUGGACUCGUACUCGGUGUUCUGGGACAACAAGAAGCUCUCGGACACGACACUGUGCGCCCAGCUGCGGCUGAAGGGUGCCACCGAUAUCUACGUGUGCGGCCUGGCGUACGACGUGUGCGUUGGUGCAACGGCCAUCGAUGCGCUGUCGGCCGGCUACCGGACGAUCCUGAUCGACGACUGCUGCCGGGGCGUGGACCUGAACGACAUCGAGAGCACCAAGCAAACGGUGAUUUCCAGCAACGGCGUCAUCGUGUCAUCGCGCGAGAUAAAGGCCAUGGUCGAAGGGCGCGACCGUCGCCCGGAGCUCGGCUACAAGCUGGCGAUGGAGCUGAAAAACUCCGAAUCGGACCUUUCGAAGAACAACGCCUGCCGACGACAGUCCCAACAGCAGGCGCAGCAGCAGCAGCAGCAGCAACAGCAACAGUCGUCCCAGUAAUAAGUCCUUCGCGUCCACGCUCGGGCUCGGGCUCGGUCGUCACCACAAGCGAUGGAGUAACGAUGCCCGACCCGGCCCGACUUCGACGGGUCGGUUCGAUUUCCGUGACAUUCCCAACCCUGUUUUUGUGCCCCAUUCUUCGUUAGGGGGCCGCUGGCCGCAAGAUGUCCUUUAAGAUUCCUCUCACAACCAGCAACGUUAACAGACGGGUCGGGACGGGCUGAGAUAAGGGUCAAGUUCAAAGCCGACCGCCCGACGGUCGCGAUUGCGAUCGAACCGGUCACCGAACGGUGGUUUAUUGCCUUCGCUUUCACGCCUUAUGGGGUCGGUCCUUAAUCGUUUAUUGCACCGGAAGUCGAUAGUGCCACAUCUGCCGCGACUCCCUAGCGGGGCUGCUUGUUGUGCAGUUGUGCCCCCCCCGACCGGGCUGCCGAAUGAUUGCUUUCUCUUUUCCUUGGGUGGGAAGCAAUUUAUGCUGCUGCCCCAAGAACAAUAGGCCACCCGAUCCGGGCAUGUGGGAAUCGGGGAUUCAGAAAAAAUUGAAAAUAAAACCGCUUCCGAAAUCCAUUACCCGGUUUUAUGAGGUUAUGCGGGCGCUCCAGGGGCGCAAUCUUCGCCCCGGGUGGGGUGCCCUGCCGUGUUGGGGAUUUGAUUUAACGGACACAUACACCCACGGCGGUCAUCGAAGUUUAUGUCCGGGUCCGGUGCGGGUGAUGAACGUUGAUGAGAGCUCCACCAGAGACCGGAGAGACUCCUCCGGCACCGGGUAGUGAUUCAAGGUGUAAACUACUGUCGAUUUACUGUGGGUGACCCCCGGUGCCGGGACUUUGGGGUCCCUUUAUCCUUUUUAUGUUUAUUGCCCCCUGAAUUGAAAGGGCGACAUUUGGAGUUUCAUACGAUUUCUAUGGUAAUUUUGGGUUGACCACAGACCAACCGUCUGCGAUAUAUGAACCGUCGCCAGGUUGGGAAUGUCAAUGGACUGGACGGGUUUAUGAACACCCGCCAGCGCGCUGUGGUGAGCGCCACCGAAGCGAGCGUGAUGCUUGGGGACUUCAAGUGCAUUGGUGUCUCCAGUCCAGUUUUAAGCCGGUUAAGGUGUUUACGUUUUUAAGAAGCAACUUAGUUCGUAGUUCGGUGAAGGGCUUAGCAAAGGGCUUGGUGGUGCUCGGGGGGGCCCACCUAGCGCAUCGCACUCGCUACACUAGAAACUUAGGGCACGCGCUCUGAUGCGCUGCCAGGCGGAGAAGGCACACCAAUUACCAUUAACAGGCUGCCGCAGCGGUAAGAAAGAGAGCGAAUUCAGUGAAACCACAAGAGAGCAUAAGACAAGAACAACGCCACAAAGUGCACAGCGCAAGGGUGUGUGGAGCGUGUGAUUGUGUGUGUUAUGAUUUUUUUGCGUCGCGUUCAUUUCAAUAUUUGCCUCCCAGCGAGCCUUAGCACCAGUUAGUUAGUUAGGCUCACGGCACGUAAAAUUCUGGAGCGAUGUGUAGAUAGGCGCGCCGGCUGCCUUCAGACGCCCCAUAAACCCCACAGUUAGCAGCAGUUACUUAGGCGGAAGCAUGCAACAACAGGAAACAAUAACCAAUUGGUUUUAGAUGAAGAAUCGGUAUCGGUCGGUCGGAGCGUCCGAGUGUGAUUGAUUGGAAACGGAGUGUGAACAUAGAAUGGCGAAGUUUGUUGUAGGUAAAACAAGUAAAACGCAAA